AUGGAAGAGCCUAGGCGUUAUUUCAUGCGAUACUUCAUCCAGAGGUUAUUGAUGCACUUUGGUCGAUACGACAAAAAACUUAUCGAAUUAAAGAUUGCACAUAAGGUCGGGCAAUUGGAUCCUGAUCACAUUCGAAACUUUAAAGAGAUUAAAUCUCCCUGGGCGAGUAAUUUACCGAUUUCGGCCAAAACCGAAAGAGACGACUCUCAUCACUUAUCGAUCAACGUACCAGAAGAAUAUCCUCCUAAAGAUGGUUACGAAAAUAGUCGGCAAUUGAAUGUGAUGGCCCGAACUAUCUUAAUCUGUAAAGAUUUGGUGAUCUUGUGGAAAGACAUUGGCUAUUACCAAAUCUACAGCGAUGUGAAUGAUUUGGUCAUGCAAGGAGCCCUCCUAAUUCUUUUCCCGCCUACGCCAUCGUGUGGUUAUGUUCGUCCCAAUGUAAAUAGGGUGAACGAAAGACUUGAAGAAUUAAUCAAACUUGGCUUUGAUUUAACGUAUAAUGUGAUUGGUAUAACCAUCAAGGAACUUUUAGAAAAAAUAUUAGUAGAGUCAAUUAAGCCAGAACGAAAUUUGAAAAAAGCGAAAAAAUUCAGUAGUAAGAUCGAAUACCAAGAGGAAGCAUUCAGGAAAGCAAUGACAGAAUAUAUGGAAUAUACCAACGAAUCGUCAAAUAUUGCCAAUAACUCCGAUAAUGAUGAUAAUACAGAGGACGUUCCUAAACAAUUUAUAACUUCCUUGAAAUUAUUACCUAAAUUUUAUAGUUGGAUUUUAAAAACCUUUGGAGCGAACGCUGAUACAACGAAAGCUUGUUUUGAUGAUAUCCUCAAAACGCGUGUUAGAAAGAAAUGCAAGCACGGAGAUUGCCAAGAUAAUGGCCGAUUCAUUCACUAUAUACCCGAUUUGCAUAGUAAAGCAGCCAGUUCAAGUGCAAAGGUUAAUAGACAAGCCCAGGCGUUAUUUCAUGCGGUAAGGCUCGGUCCGAACUUUAUAAAUGUUCAAGUCGUAAAGGUAAUGUUGGCAAAUGACGGGUUACUAUCGAGAUACUUCAUCCAGAGGUUAUUGAUGCACUUUGGUCGAUACGACAAAAAACUUAUCGAAUUAAAGAUUGCACACAAUGUCGGUCAAAUAGAUCCUGAUCGAAUUCAAAAUUUUAAAGAGAAGACUAAAUCUCCCGGGCAAGAAUUAGCUCCUAAGGGAAAUUAUAUGGAACUUUUUCACUUCUUAUCCUCCGGUCCCCACGUGAUAAGCGAAGCUCCAGCUAUUUUGAGUAAAAAUAAUGACUCAUUGAAGAAGUAUCCUCCUAAAGAUGGUUACGAAAAUAGUCGGCAAUUGAAUGUGAUGGCCCGAACUAUCUUAAUCUGUAAAGAUUUGGUGAUCUUGUGGAAAGACAUUGGCUAUUACCAAAUCUGCAGCGAUGUGAAUGAUUUGGUCAUGCAAGGAGCCCUCCUAAUUCUUUUCCCGCCUACGCCAUCGUGUGGUUAUGUUUGUCCCGAUGUAAAUAGGGUGAACGAAAGACUUGAAGAAUUAAUCAAACCUGGCUUUGAUUUGACGUAUAAUGUAAUAGGUGAUAUAAUGCAAAUUUUCGAAAAUAGAUUAUCGGAUGUCGGCGGCAUUUUUCUGGAAUCUUUUGUUAAAAUCAAAGGUAUAACCGUCAAGGAGCUUUUAGAAAAAAUUCAAUAG